AUGGAGUCCCGCAAUUCAAUGCGGGGAAUCAAAGAGCUAAUAACCGGUUUGGGGGAGAUCAGAUACAGUUUGUGGAUGACGAUUGGGGGUUCGGGGUUUACAAAGGAUGAAGUGAAGCUGAUGUUGUUUCAGUUUACUCUAAAAGACAAAGCACGCCAGUGGUUUGCGACAUUACCUCCAGGUAGCAUUUACACUUGGCAAGAGAUGCAACAUGUGUUUUUAGAGGAGUAUUACAUGAUGAAUAGAACCAGUGAAGCUCGGGAUGCAAUCAGAGCAUUCCAGCAACAUUCAUGGGAAGCGCUCCAUGAGGCGUUCACAAGAGAUCUUAUCGCCAUCAGUAAUGGUACGUUUCUCACAAACACCGAAGCUGCAGAUUGGGCAUACUUGGAAAGACAGAGUGCCACUUCUAAAAGACAUGCACAAUCUAGCAGAAGGGCAAGAUUAGCAUCAGCAAGAGCAAUUGAUUAUGAAGCUGCAGAACGGGUUGAGAAACUGAAAAACCAGAAUCUACUAUUAGAGCGACAAGUGGCUCAAAUGAAGUUGGGAAAGGGAGCCGGAGUUAGGGCAGCUAAUGCGUUCGCGGUGUGUACAGAUUGUGGUGAGUUAGGACACCAGGUUGGAGAGUGUCACGCAAGGAUGGGUCCGAAUGAAGAAUUGAACCAAGUAUUCGGUGAACGAAAGAAGUACUCAUGCAAGGAGGCCAGCAAUAUCAGAGUCGUCAAGCUAAUUACUCACAAGGAAAUUACCAAAAUCAGGGCCAGUAUAAUCAGGGACAUCCAGAAGGAUAACGAAGUUCGAGACAAAACUUCUGAUGCAAUGCAGAAGCAGUUGGGGCAGUUAGCAGAGGAUCUAGCCCAGCUGAGAAGAGAUCCAGGUAAGUUGCCAAGCACUACCACAGUUAACCCAGCACAUCAGUCAUCUAGCUCGAAAAAUGGAAGAAAUGUGCACAUCAACGCGGUAAGUAUUCUUCCAACUUUUGAAACUGGUAGUGUUGAAGUAACUCCACCACCACAAUUAGUUGAGGAGGUGGUGGAGGAUGUUGGUAGUGAAUCGGACUCUCAACAUGAUCGGGACCCACUAAGGGAUGAAAGGUUUCCUAAAAAACUUGAUUUGACUGCAAAUGUGAAUGCUGUUUUGUUGGGCACCCUUCCCCCAAAACUCCAAGAUCCAGGAGCACCCAUUAUUUCCAUACAAGUGGGUGAAUUUAAAAUAGACAGGGCACUGUUGGAUCUUGGAGCGUGUGUUAGUAUUCUACCAGGGAGUCUUUAUAACCAAUAUGAUGUUGGUCCGCUACAAAAAGUCAACACCACCGUGGUGUUAGCUGAUCAGACUCCCAUGUGUCCGAGGGGGAUUGUAAGAGACGUAAUUGUGAAGGUAGAAGAGUGUUACUACCCAGUUGACUUCUUAGUGCUUGAUUGUACUACAAGUUCAAAGAACACACAACCUCCUGUCAUUCUGGGUAGGCCGUUCUUAGCGACUGCUCAUGCAAUUAUCAACUGUGUUGAUGGAACGGUUAAUAUGAAGUUUGGUGACUGUGAAUUGCGGUUAAAUGUCUUUUCAGGUGUGACUAAUCCUUCCAUUUCAGGUGAACACUCAAAAGUUGAAAGUGGUGAAGAGAAUGUCUCUCCUGCAAAGGAGAUUCAAACAAAACAUGAGUGUUUUAUGGUUGACAGGUUUGAAGUGGCAGGAAGCAAAGCGGUGAGGAAAAAGGAAAAUGUGGCACAUGAGGAGUUCAAGACAGAAAAAGGGAAGCCACGAGGGAGGAAGAAGAAAAAGAAACUGCCUGAAUGUGAUAAUGCAAAACAGAGGUUAAAUUUAUUCGGUCCAAUGUGGAAUACAGUGGACGACUUACUAGAACAUUGGCGGGGUAAAAUCUGCGAAUAUGAUGAAGUUACGGAGUUUAGAGAGGAAGCGGAUUAUGUGAUAUUGAUCGUGGCGGCUAACAUAUUGCAUCUUUGGAAAAAGUGGAUAGCCAUAUUACACAUUGAAGGAUAA